AUGGAAUUCCUAGGACAAUGGAAAGGCUCCAGUGGAGACCCGAACGAGAACAAGAAGAAGGUUGAUAGUUUCCUGUCAUCAUGUAGAGUACUGCUUGGGGCAUUGCAGGUAUUUAUGCUGGUUUUUGGAAUCGCAAGAGGCACAUUGCAAUCAUGGGCUGCUCUCGGAGAGCUCGCCGCAUUUGGGACCGUGGCGUGUUUGUAUCAUAACAAGAAGCAAGAAACGAUCGUUGGACAGCUCGUGUGUAUGUUAAUCCUUGGAGUGACUCAUAAGGUGGCACAACACCAAGAAGUCUCUGUCGAAACAGUUUUUUCUUUGCUGCUGAAAGGAAGCGAAGCACCAUCCAAAAGGGGAUUCUUUAGAUUUGGCCGCAAAAAGAAACUUCCACAGGUUUCCCUUUCUAGUUUUUUUAAGGGUCAUGUCUUGUGGAAUGAAGCAGUUCAAGGGAUGCUCAUUUCAUUUCUCGUUGCUGUUGCAAUUGAGAAAGUUCCAAUAUUGAAAUCAUUGAAAGAAAAGAAAGUUUUGUCAGUCACAGUUACCAACUGUUCGAAACCACUUGCUCAAAUCGCUGAAGAGAAAGUGGAGGAAGAAAUUGUGCCUACUUCGGAAGAAGGUUCUAGCCAAGAGGGCUCUGUUGUCAAAGAAGAAGAGUCCAAUGUGACUUCAUAUGAUGGAACACUCCAUGUUAUGCCAAUAAUGGCAACUGUUUCUCCAGGGGAUCAAGAUCAAACUGAAAUACAGCCAGCGCAAGCACAAGAAAAGCUUGUUCUUUCGCCAGAAGUACGACAAGACAUUGCGCAACGUUUGACCGAGGUGCAACAGGAACAGAUGAUGGAAGAACGAAGGGCUCAUGAAGAGCAAUGUUACCAAGACGAGGAAGAAGAAGACAUGGACACAACUGCUUGUUACUUGGUAUAUGAACCAGAUUCUUCAGGUCGGCUGGUGGAGAUCUAUAGUAAGACACCUAUCGAAAACUGCAUUGGUAUGUGGAUUCCUGGUCCUGGUCAUGAGUUCCCUCAAUUCAAGUUCACGCAAGGGCAAAACGGGAAUGGGCGAAACGUUUUAAUUGGCAACUGCGCCGCUGGAACUAUUGGUAGAAAGAACUACGCAAGCGGCUGGUGCAGCUUUGUCCGAAGUGCACAGAUGAAACAAGGCAUAGUCACGCUUAUUGAUCCCAUGGAGGGACAAAAGGGACUACUCUGUGAUGUCUAUAUCUACAAUAGCUCUUCUGAUCGAGACCAGACCGUUCUUCUGAAGAGCUUCCAACCAACUGCUGUUGGAAAUGCACUUGCAGUCGCCUGCAUGCCAAGAAAUAGCCGGUUUCUAUAUCAUGGAAUCAAUGGUAUUCCUAUGAACAAAUGGCUUGAAGAUGGUCGAAAACAUGGAACUUCUUCAAAGCUUGAAGGUACAGAAGAUCGAUCUACAAGAGCAGCCAGGCUUUCGGACUCCUCAAUGCUGUCAACGAAAAAACCGUUGUUCGCAAGUCCGGAAUUCAAUCCUCCAUACACUCCCGCCUUCAAGGAGAAUGUCCUCCACACCCCAGCAACUGCAUUUGAUGACCCAACCCCAUUGAAACCUAUUCCUCUCACAGCGCGAUUCAUGGAACCGACGCCCAAAACAGAACGUCAACGUCCACGACCACUCCUGGAGGUUAGAAGCCACAAGAGUAGCCAGCCGCACCCUUACACGACAAUGCGAUAG